AAUAAUUAUUUAGACAACAAUUGUUUUUUUAAAAUCAUAAAUGUAUGUUUCGUGCAGUGGUUUGUGUGGUCGUCCCUAAAAACAAAACACCCGACCCUACAGUUUGAUGGCCUAAACUUGAGGAGACGGACAGACCCGACACACAUACACCACACACAAGACAUUUCUAGACAUAUUUGUGUGGAUUUGAUUAGUAAACUAAUCUAAAGUUAUGUUUGUCUCCCAUAACGAAAGGUCGUUGCGUGAGCCGAACAGCGGUUAUCUACCGAAGCGACAUACGGAACAUAUUAGUAGUCCACCGAACAUUCCGGGCACUCGUGUCUAUCCAUAUCCGGGCACAACACCAGAUCCACAAUCAGUUGUACGCAAUUCCUAUCACCACACAAACCAAUUGCCGAUAGGCCAUCAUUUGGGCUCAUUGUAUAAUUUGGGCACCAAUAGUAUACCUCCCUCUACGGCGGCAGCUAUCGGACCUCAAGUUUAUAGGGACAGCAGUUAUCCGAUUGAAAGGCACGAGUUUGCGUCGAUAGAUAGGUAUAGAAAUCGUAGCGAAUCUAAUGAAUUACAUCAUCCGAGUGGUGCAACUCAUCUACAAUUAUCCGGUGGUCAACAACAACAACAGCAGCAACAACAACAACAACAGCCACCACCACGAAGACGUCCAUCACUUCUUCCACAUAUACCACCAAAUAAUGAAUACAAUCUUAUGAAUACGUCUGGUGUACUUUCAUCGCCGUAUCUCAACAGAGACAGCAGAUACGAUGUCUAUCGUUACGCUUCAUACGAAAGUCAAGUAAAGGCAUCGGGCCUUAUCGGCUCCAAUCAAAUCCAAUUGCCAACGACUACAAACGUUAGUCACCACAGUACCGGUCCAACGCCAUUACAUAUGGUCCAAGGAUUACACCUACCGUUAGGUUACUCCCAUCAGUCGCAACAGUCGGCUGGUAUGGUCUCAUCGCAGCAUUUAGCCCAACAUCAACAACAACAACAUCUAAUGCAAGACAUUCAAGAUAUGAAUGUUAACAAAAGGCCGCGACUCGGCUAUCCUAACGAUUCGAGAUCAUCCUUACAUCAGCCCUUACUUAUAGAUACUCGUGAUAUGGUUGAAGUUAAAAAGGAACCGGCGUACACACCACAAGUGGAGGCCAUUUCGCCAACUCUACCGAACGAUGACGGACGGCAAGAGUUGUCGCCAUUGAAGUCGACAAAAGAUGAAUUAUUACAAAAUAUUAAUAAAAUCGAUAGAGAAAUACUACAAACGGAAUCACAAAUUAAUAAACUCAGGAAAAAACAGGAAGAGUUAGAAUUGGUCACAAAUAAGCCCAGUGCUGAGGAACAGGAACAAGAAAGUACUGCUUCCGAAAUACAGCACAGUGUCGCACAAGUGAUAUAUUCAGAAAACAAAGCUAAAACAAUCAAAACAUACGCCCUGUUUGAUAAAUUGGGUCCCUCUAUAGAACUGCCCUUGUAUAACCAGCCAUCAGACUGUCCCGUAUAUCACGAAAAUAAACUACAAUUUGUUAGUUUUAAAAAGAAAUUAAUUGUAUAUUUCAAAAAACGAUACCAAGAGAAACAAUUAAGGGAACGUUACUUAACUGAAUCGUAUGAUAAAUUGAUGCUAACGUGGCUCAAGAAACUGGAGAAAAAGGAGACGAAUCCCCAGAAAAAGACAAAAGACGCCAAACUUAGAGAGUAUUUUGAAAAACAAUUUCCAGAGCUUAGGAAACAACGUGAAGACAAGGAAAGGUUUUCACGGGUCGGUCAACGCAUUCGUAGCGAUGCAGAACUCGAAGAGAUUAUGGACGGUAUACAAGAACAGGAAUUGGAGGACAAAAAGAUUAGAAGUUAUGCAGUGAUACCACCGAUACUAUUAGAUGGUAGACAUAAAAAACAUAAUUAUGUUAAUAAAAACGGCAUUAUCGAUGACCCAAUGUCCGAGCAUAACGAUCGGCAAAUGUUAAACAUAUGGACCGAUCAGGAAAAGGCUGUUUUUAGGGAAAAAUAUUUGAUUCAUCCGAAAAAUUUUGCUUUCAUUGCGAGCUUUUUAGACAGAAAAAACGUUAGAGAGUGUGUCCAAUAUUAUUAUCUAUCGAAAAAAGGAGAAAACUAUAAACAAUUGUUGCGCAAACAGGUUAAGAAACGUACCCGAGCUCUAGUUAGACAACAACAGCAGCAGCAACAGGCGAUUGCCGCACAGGCAGCCGCUCAGGCCAAACAAGCGGCCGCUGCAGCUGCCAAACAGGCUAUUACUGCUGAUGAGGUAACUAAGAAUCAGACAACAACAACAACGACUACUAACACACCAACAGUGACAACAAUUACAACAGCAGCGUCGACAACAACAACGACGUCAACUAUUAUUACGACAACAACUACCGCUUCGGUUACUUUAGCGAAUAACAACAGUACGACCACUACGACGACAACAUCUAAUAGUGUUCCGAAAGUAUCCGACUCUGUGGUGGCCAACAAUAACACCACCACAACCAACAACAACAGUGUUAGUGUUACAUCGGAAGUGAAACAGGAAUUGAUUGUUAAUAACGACAAUAGUGUUGUAAAGUGUGAUAAUAUUAGUGAUAACGAAGAAAAUAAUGAAAACAAUAACAAUGAGUCGUCCUGUGAUACGAUCAAUCAGUGUUGUCUUUGCCAAUCAAAUGUUGAUUUAGCGUCAAAGUCGAGGGCCGUUACACUAACUAAUCUAAAUCUCUAUAAUAUUAGCGACGAUGCCUUCAAACAGGGAAUGCGUGUCUGUCACAAAUGUCACGUAAAGAAUGCCCGACGCAACUGUCCGCUGGUGUCGUGUAAGACUCCGCGCAGAAAAGUGAAAAAAUUGAAAUCAUUUCCACAACAGUGGUUCGAUAUAAGUAGUGAAAGUCGAGAUUUAUUGGCUAAAGAACUGGAUUUACCAAUCGAUGCGCGAAAAGCGUGUUCGCGAUGUGUAAUGAGAUUGAGCCGCCGUCUGGGCAUAAAUGGCCAGUCGGACGGAUUAGACAUUAAUAAUCAAUUUAAUGAGACAACCAAUCGUCUGGGUUGGACUGAUGGGGAAAUAGAUUUAUUCAAACAAUAUAUUCGAGAAAUGGGCCGAAAUUGGUCGGCAAUCGCAACACAAAUGCGCACAAAAACCGAUAGAGAGUGUCGUGAUUUUUAUGUUAAAAAUAAAUAUUCAUUAAAUUUAUGUAAAAUAUUAAAAGAAUAUUCAGUUAAUUCUGGAAAAUCUAUUAAAAAUAAUGAAUCGGAUUCCGAUGAUUAUAUGAAUGAUAGCGAUGGUGAUAGCGAAGAAACGUCCAGUGCUGAUGAAGGCAACGAUAAGUGUAAUAGCGAUACGGCCAGUGCGUCGAGUCCUAUAAAUGUUAAAACUACUGAUGAUAUCGACAACAAUAAUAUGAAAUUGUUUUACGAAAAGACACCCAAUUCUGUCUCAACUAAUCACAACUACAGGGAACCAGAGUUUGCCAAACUUCAAGACUAUAAAGGAUUAAGUGCUUCGCAAACGAGUCUCAAAAGUGAUUACGACAGCAGUGCCACUAUGAGUGCCGAUGAAGGCCAGGGAAACGGUGAUAACGAUCGUCUAUCGUCGUCACCAGCAGUUAGUCUACCGCCUCGAGCCAACUCAGCAAUGCCAGCCUUGCCGCCGACUAACCUAUAUUUUCAACAACAAAUGGCCGAUAAACAACACGUCCGGCCGGCCAGUCAUGACGCAGCGUUUGCGUUAGACAUGAUAAACAAGUCGUCUCAUUCACCGUCUGUAUUGAGAAAAACAUCGGACACGUCGACUAUAAAUGCGCGACAAAAAGUUCCGCCAUUUUUAAUUAACCCAAACGCACCAUCAGUGACAACACAGUCUACUAAUCACGGUUUGCUAACCAAUGUUAACGUCAAUGUUAGCAAAGAGGAACCGACAUCUGUGCGCGAUCUGAUCUAUCACGCCAUUGAAAUGAGUCUUCAAUCACCUAUGAAAGGUGGUUCACAGCAACAGCAGCCGAAUAGUGGUCACAACAACGAGACCAGCAAACAUGAACCACCAGAAGGCCUAUAUUCAAUGCCUAUUGUUAAACGUGAAAAUAUUAUUGAUAUGACAAAAGUCGAUCGUCAGAGUCCUCUUCGUAUGUCAUAUAAGGGUCCAGACAUUCAAAGACCCGAAGGCCUGGCCGUUAUGGCCGGCUAUUCGCAUAUAAGUCCAUUGCCCGGUCAUGGAUCGCAUCCGUAUGCUAUGCCUGAACACGAUGACUAUGAAGUACAAGAUCUAAGCAAAAAGGAUCGACGAAUCGAUAAUUAUAGUCCACAUAACUAUAGUUCCGUUCACAAAGACAAACCAGUUAUACAUCGAAGUGACUAUCCUUACGGCUAUAUUCCAACGGCCCAUUCAAAUGCUAAUCGUAACCCUUCAUCAGUUAAUGAAACAAUUGGUGACAAUAAUCAUAUGCUAAAACAUUUAGACCAAAGUCGUCAUUCGGCGUUUGUCACUAACGAAAGACUACAAUCGCAAGACAUAUACUCGCGAUCUUCACCAUUAAAUCGUAACAAAAUGAUGUUAAAUAAAGGCAGUCCCGUUCCUCCACCGCCACCAUUGAUCACAUCAAGCAAACCAAAUCAAACACAAUACACACAAUUAUCACCGAAAUUAUAUAGAGAAAAAUUAGUAGCCGUUACGACUCCAAGUGGUGGCUCAAUAACACAGGGAACACCAGCAAUACAACCGAAUUUUAAUUUUGGUCAACAACAACAUCAACAACAACAACAUCAUCAACAACACCAGCAGCAGCAACAACAACGAUACGAAGGCCUACUUCGACAAAUUUCAUCUGUCGGACCAAAAGAAGGCGGCGGUUCCAUAACACUGGGAACGCCAUUAAUGACUGGCGCUAGUAAUCUAUCGGUAGCCGAUCAUCAUCAUCGGCGAAAAGAUUUACUAAUAAAUGACUCAUCGUCGCGAUCGGACAGACCUGAUAUGUUGAAUCCCCGAAACAAUCCAUCUAUCUAUGAGGCCUCAAAUGUUGAACAAUAUUAUAGACGAACGCCGCCCACUGGCCCCCACUCCUAUUCACCGGCACAUCCGUCAUCAUCGGUAUACAAGAUGAACAAACCAUCUCAUCCACAAUUUCAUAAGGAAUUGCAAUUGAGUACCAAUCAGAUUAUGAUCGAUUUUAAUACCUCCAAACAGAUGCUUACAAGACGUGGAAGCAAUUCAAGCGAUAAAGACAUACGCAGUACAACACCAGUACACCAUCAACAGGAUGGCCGAUCUGUGUUGACUGAUCACAAAGCCGUUACAAUGUCGCAAAGCCGUCAAUCAAAUUCAUAUCCUAAUUAUAGUCAAAAUCCAUCCAACUCUCCCUCAACGGUAUAUCCCGAUCGAGGAGUGCCUACCAGAGUUGAAAAUCAGUCGCAAAUAAUGGGCGCAACUGAUCCUCAUAUGACACAUUGGGGUCCAACGCGGCCAUCAUCAGUGACCACACAAAGUCUCAAUUAUAAUCGCCAAAAUGUGAUCUACCAGUGGCCCAAUUCAACAAAACAAUCAGUAAUCCAGGCCCCGAAACCCAACUCACCCCGUGACUACCGACAGGAUGUGGUAAGUCCCGGAUCGCAUUCAUCGAGAGGACCAACCAAUCCACAGGUGCCCAUAACAUUGUACAAUCCGUCGCACGACGCCUUCACAACUCUGGUCAAUGCGGCGGCCGCUCAGCCGAAUAUACCAUUGGAUAGACGAGCGCCACUGUCGCAUGUGCCGCAGUCGCGUAACGAUAUAAUACGUGGCUCAGCCAUCAAAACCAGUGCCGAAGGCCUUGAAAAGUCACUAAUGGAAGGUUUUCACGCCAGACCACGUAACUAUCCGACAGAUAGUGGUAAUAGUAGUGAAUUGUCCAAAGCGGACGAUAAACAUAGACAAUACCCGCGUCAUCCCGAAACUGACAAAAUGCAUGGCGGCCCCAACAGACAACUGCCUCAACAACAACAACAUCCCAGUGCAGCUGAAGAUUACUUAUAUUUGGAUCAACGAAGACGACUAGAAAUUGCAGCCGAUUACGAAAGACGUGGACUCAAUCGUUCAUUUAAUGAACAACAACAACAACAACAAAGUCAUCCGCUUUCGCAACAGAGCAUUAAGUUUUCUCACGAACCCUUCUCGCGUGAACAGUUCGAAAGAGGACUCAGAGAGCCAUCGGAGCCCAAUAGACAUUCUGGUGAUCAACCAUACAGAUUGAAAUCCGACGAAUUAGAUUCCGAUGCAAGACAUUCAGGCCGACCACCAGUCAAUGAAUUAGAUAACGAAGCGUCAAAACUAUUCUCCAGUUCCUUUCAGAAGGAUACACCAUCGCGCGGACAGUUUACUGCUGCCAAUCUAAUCGAUGCGAUUAUUACCCAUCAGAUCAAUUCAUCGACAGCAGACACCGUGAAUGGUCCGAACAGACCGAAAACAACUAAUCCAAUGAUACCCGUUAGCGAAUCGCAUCAAAGUGUCGACUCGUUAUUUGCCAAAUAUAGAACUGCAGACAAACUCCCACAGCAUUCAAAUCGUGAAGAAGUGGUGACAAUAGCCGACAGUCCUGAUCCGGAAAAGUGUGUUUCGAGUAUGGAAAGGGAUAGACCACCAUCUAAUCCAUCAACAACUAAUAAAUCGGAUCAUUUAGCCAAAGCUAUUACAUUAGGCGAUCACAUAAGUACAUUGAUUUCGAAAAACUACAUAAACGAAAGCCGAUCUCCAGUCAAACCAUUGAUUACAAUUGACUCGCGAAACAGUCCGACCGUUUCACACGGAAUGCCUCCCAUUUCUAUAGAAGUGCCUCGCAAUUCAUUUCCAGUGUCCAAUUCAUCACAAAUUCUGGAAGGCAUUGCUGCCACCGCCGCUGCCAAUAUAGCCACGACUGAACCAAAUAUACACCAUUCGCUUAAUCAUUCGCCAUCUCUGUCGAGUUGGAAACUACGUAAAGCUUUGCAACAAAGCAAAGAAGGCGUUGGCAAAGAUCUGCUGCCGCCGGUCGAUGAAAGACAGAUCAUACGUGUUGCCCAAAACGUGUCACCAAACGAUCACCAAAAGUCUUUGUAUCCGACACAACAGCCGCCAACUAAAUCAAUAUCACCCGCUUUUACUCAUUAUAAUGUGGAACCGAUAUCACCACCCAAUCAAUCAUUUGCCGAAACAACUACGGCAACAACAACACACGCUUCUCACUUGAAUUCAUCAUCAUUUAACACGACAUUGGCAACAACGUGGACACCGACCACAUCAUGUAUUCAAACAAGUUUGGCGGCGUCUAAUCGUCACCUAUACGGCGGCGGCGGUGAUAUGUCCAACGUAACCACUACUGAGAAUCUGUCGAAACAUUCGGUAAUAUCUUCAUCGUUGUCGACACAAAAUCUAAUUAACAACUCUAAUCUAAACCUAAAUCGAUCCACUAAUCAUCAUCAUCAGCAGCAGCAGCCACCGAUGGGUUUGUCACCAUUGGAUUAUGUAAAAAAUAAAAUUGUUGAAGUAAUGAGAACUACCGGUGACGAGUCGGCAGUAAUGACCGACGAACUAAGCAAACGAGUCAACAAUAAUGAACCGAAUUUAUUGCAUCAUUUAACUGAACCACAACUGAAACGAGAAGAAAGUGAAUCGAAAUCCCAUAGAGAUUCCGAACGAAUUGUUGUUCCAAUGGAUAGUACGACAACAGAUAAUAAGCCGAUCGAUAGCGGACUAAACGGCGAUAAUAAAUCUAUUAAGCCAUCAUCAGUCAGCGAUCAUCAUCACUCGCCAUUAGUUCCAUCUGCAUCAUCUACAUUGUUACCAUCAAAUGUUAUCACUUCAUCGCACAACUUAGUCGUUAACGAUACAGAAAUCUCUGGAGAAACGCCAGCAAAGAAGAUGAAAUUGUCAUCAGAUGCUGCUUACGAUAUCAAAAGUCGAGUCGAAUCGUCGUCGUCGUCGUCGAUGCCAUCAGUAUCGGUGAAAGACAAAAGUUGUUCAGAUACUAUGAUAUCGCAGAGUUUACCGCCGCACGACUCGAAGUCGUCGUCGUCUGUGUCCACCAAUAAGAUUAACGAUAGUUCAACGGCCGAAAAGACCGCCAAUUUAGCGGUCGGUUCUGUGCCUAACGAUGAGUCAUGUGAUAAAUCGGAAUCCAAGAACAUCUAUCCGGACAGUCCCAACUCGCCGGGCGAAAUGGUUAUCGACGAGUCGGACCAGAACCCGACGAGUGACAAACCGGACGCCAACAUUAUCGGUCCGUCUGAUACUACAAGCGCCUCGUCGUCAUCGUCGACACAACAAAGUCUUAUCUCGACCUCAGACCAAAAUAUUUCUGCCAGUGAAUCGGCGAAAUGUGUUGUUUCAUCCGAUGGACUAAAUCAAAGUCAUUCGAUAUCGUCGUCGGUAAUCGAAUCAAAGACAUCAUCGAAGAAUCAUCCGACACCAGCAUCGAGUGCUAUCGACAAAUCGGUUUCAAAUCCAGUAGUAACAACUGCCGCCUCCACUGCUGCUGCUAAUUGUUUGUCAAAUAAUCUGUCAAUGGUUUCGAGUUCUGCACUACUAACCACUACAUCUAAUACCGGUUCCACUGUUAGCGAUACUAAAGAGUCAUCCAUUACAACAGUUUCGUCAUCAAUUGGCACCACUGGUGGUGGUAGUGGUGAGUCUCAAGCACAGAGCUCUGAUAGCACUAGUAGUAGUAAUAGUAUGACUGGUAUCCAGUCGUCGACCAUCACUGGUAGCGGAACGCCCAGUAGUACAACAAGCAAUGUAUUGGCGCCACAAUACGAGCCACUUUCCGACGAUGAAUAGUUUGAUGAUUAUUAUUAUUA